GGAGUCUAUUAUUGCGCACACUGGAGACUGCAGCUGCUAGGCUAGUGGGCCUUGUCUUGACACGAAUCUCGUGCGGUGUACUCACCAGUGUUAUUGUGUUGCCAUGGAGAAGGCUUGGAGGGUGGAGUUUAGGAACGUGGGUAGUAGCUACUUCCCUCAGAGCCGCGUGGAGUGCCACUACAGUAUCAGCUCACAACAUACCUGGGCCAGUCAUGACUGGGUCGGACUCUUCAAGGUGGGAUGGUCAUCAGUGAAGGACUACCACACCUUUGUUUGGGCCCUGGCCCCAGAAGGCUACCAGGAGGGCACAGAUGUCAACUGCUGUGUUAACUUCCAGGGUACUAGUCCCUCUCCUUGAACCCUCCCUCUAUUUCAUACAAAGUGUGCCUGGUCAACAUUCACACUGUUCAGAAAGUAGUGUACACGUAUUCAUUAUUGUUCUUUUUAAUUUAACCUUUAUUUAACUGGGCAAGCCAGUUAAGAACAAAUUCUUAUUUACAAUGACAACCCACCAGGGAACAGUGGAUUAACUGACUUGUUCAGGGGCAGAAUGACAUAUUUUUACCUUGUCAGCUCAAGGAUUUGAUCCAGCAACCUUUUUGGUUACUGGCCCACCCAACACUCUAACCACUAGGCUACCUGCCGCCCCAAGUUCAUUAACUUGCAGGGUCAUCAAAUAAAGAUAGCUAUCCACACUCACUAAAAGUGUGAGACCAUU